ACGCUGCACAUAUGUAUGCAAAUGUGUUGUCUGUAUUUCUGCUUUUCCACCGAAGCGGCGUCGUUGUUGUCUGAAUGUGUGUGUGUGCAAAAGUGUGAAAUAUAGUUGUUUUUUUUUUUAAGUUUUGUGACAAAUCCUUAACACAGUUGCCCCUCUCUACUUAUCAAAAAGGAAACCUUUGUGAAUAGUGUGCGUACAUGCAUUUGUGUGAUUGUGUGUGGUAGGGCAGCAGCAGCAGCGACGCUGGCGCCAUUAAGCUGCACCUCAGCUGCAACGCCCACUGACUGUUUCUUUAGCAGGAAGAGUAAGAAGUGCAUGUGUGGUAGCUACUCUCUCUGUCUUAAUGUUUCUGCUGUCUUGAUAGUUUAAAUGUGAAAAGUUCAAUAGAAAUCAUUGCGUCUGCGCCUCCAUUAUCGCACCCUGGCCUUGGCUACAAGUAAGAAAGAAACAAAAACAAUGAAGAUGAGCAGAAAAAAGGAACAGCAACAUCAAAUUCGAAUGAACUCAAAAGGGCAACAACAAACGGGACCACACACUAACACAAGUGUAGGAUAGAGCAGGGCACCAAACCGGUUCUAAGACACUUCUUAAAAAAACAUCAAUAUUUUUGUGGUGUCAGUACCAAAAAACUGGCAUAAUUUGCAUCCUAGUGAGGAGGAGGGGAAAGAAUGGGGUAAAAUAUUGUGGCUGCCCACACGCAAGGAUACACUCAAUGGACUAAGAUUUGUGACGUUCCAACGCCCACACACUCAAACUAUACUCUCGUUAACUCUUUCAUAUAUCAACAUGCAUACAUACAUGCAUGUAGAAAUGUAAUUUUGCAGGCAGCCAAGGUGACAACGCACAACUGGUGCUUGUUACAUAAAAACCAGCCUCGCCCACUUCGUCAUAAUUAACAUAAUAAUCAACGUGGUCAUCGACAUCAUCAUCUUUGAGUAAGUGCCAGAAGCAGCAGUAGCAGCAUCAGCAUCGCAAGCAUCAGCCGCCAAAAACACGAAGUGAAGCAUCUAUAACAAAAGCAGCCCAACUGAGGGGCAGGGGGAGUGGAAACGUCAGCGUCAUGAGCGUCUUCGAUGAUUUCCAACGUUUGUGGAUGCAACGAUUCCCACAGAGCACACUCUCCGAUGCCUGGGAGCAGGAUGUACGCGCCUCCCUUGAGCGGCAUCGUCUAAAGAUCGCAGAACUGAGCAAGGAGCUCGAACAGGAGACGCUUUAUGUGGAGUAUCUGGAACGGUUGCUCUCCGAUGUAGAAAAGUAUCGCGCCUCCGGCGGAGAUCCAACGGCGCUAUUCGAGGCGGCCAGCGGGAGUGAGAGUAGUAGUAAUGGCGCAACCACAUCUGCAGCUGCCGUGGAAAAAGAGUUCAAAUCUAGCUUAAAUCUGCGCGAGUCAUCGUCGUUGGCGGUGGCUGGGAGCAAAGACAAGGAUCGGCUCUCGCUCAACACAGAUAACAAAUACACUCACACAUCGAAUGCCGCUGGCAGCAGCUGUAGGGCAGGUGGAAAUGCAGGUGGGGGAAUAAUAGGAAAUGGGAGUGGAAAGGGGUCAGGAAGCAGUGGGUUGAACUCGGCCCCGUCCGCGGGCGGAAAACUCGGUGUGGAGCACCGCUUCGAGCGGGAGGAUAGAGACAAAGACAGCGGUAACGAGAAGGAUGCCAAUGGAGCCCUGCAGCAAUGCAUCACGGAGCUGGCGGCGUCAAUCAAACCCCAACCACUGGAGGGCGUUGAGGCGGAGCGGGAGUUAUCCGCGAGGUUGCCGUUACACAAGUCCUCAUCGCAGUACAUAACUGUCAUUCAGGUCAAGGAGGCCAAAGACAAAGAGGGCGAUGAGGCAACCAUGUCUUCAGCCAACGACCAGCAGCAGCAACAGCAGCCGACACCACCAUCUACAUUUUCCCGCUAUGCGGGAGAAGGAGCUGGACUGGGCGCAGAGCCCUCGGCUCCGCCCCUGUCGCCAUCAUUGACUUCGUAUGCGGGUCAUGUGGAAGCCAAGAAGAAAAUGCCACCCAGACCUCCUCCAAAGAAUAUUCGACGCGUAGAGCCGCCCACCAUUCCCAGCCAGCAGUAUCACCAGCUGUCGUCGUCGCCGAAGCAGGAGACGCCGGUAUAUGUGGGUAGCACCAUCGCCCCGCCCAGCAGCUCUGGCGGCAGCCUCUCCUCGGACAGUCCGGGCAACUCACUGGAGCGCAACAUUAAACCCUCGGACAUCCUCAGGCAAAAGUCGUCGGAGAACCUGGACGCCAAGUACGUGACCAACAGGAAGACCACGCCAGAGCUGGGGAAGUUCGUCACCAACCCGGAGCUGAUGGAGGAGCUGGGCCGUAAAAUGGUCGGCAAGAUGGACAGCCUGGAGCAUGCCAAGCGUAGUGAGGCAUCUUUUGGCUCCGUCAGCGGUGGAUGUAGCAGCCUUGGGCGUACCUCGUCCACGCCAGGAAGAACUCUAAAUCCGGGACGCACUGGAGCGGGAACAGUAGGCGCGUCGCCGACACGCUGCCUAAACAAAACGGCGAAACUGGCGGUGGCCGACAGCAGCUCCACGAGCAGCCUCGAGAAGAAGUCGCGCAGCUCCCUGCAGGCCAGCGACGGAGGAGGAGCGAAUCAAUGCAGUGUUGGCUCUAAGGAAUCACUAGCAUCACAAGGCAUAUCGGAAGUUAUCAAGAGCUAUGAGAGUGUGUCCUCGCUGAGUUCGGAGAGUGCCAAGGCGCCGGCGUCGGGGCCCCAUCAGUCGCCCGCGGACCACGAACCAUACUAUGACAGCGUUCCACUGGAUAAUGGCGACGGCGAGUACGUUUUCAUCAAGCCCGGUCGCACCGGGUCCUCGUCGAGUCGUGACGACCUGUCUACGCCUGGCAGCAGCACCUUGCCCAUGGCCCAGGUCUUGAGCACUCAGACGAGUGUGGUGGAUCCCGAAUCUCCUGGUCGUACCUCCAACUAUGUGAACAUCGAUUACUUUCUUCAACAGAGCAAUGAAACCCGCUCCAGUUCACUGGACAGCGAUGGCGAGUACGAGGGGCCGCCCAUACUACGCACCAUUUCACACGACGAGCAGACCACAUCACAAAUCACGCCAGGUGCACUGCGCAAGAACUUAGUUUCAGCGAUACUCGUGUGUGGGAAUGCGCGGGGUGCAAAGAUUCGAUCCAUCUUGAGCUCAAUCAUACACAGCGAGACGAUCUACGUGGAGUGCCUCAACAAGAUGAUGCAGUAUAAGAAGGCGAUCCAUGCGACGCUGGGUACAUCACAGCCUGUGAUUAAAGAGGAGGAGGAGAACACGAUUUUUUUCAAGAUCGAUGAGCUUUACGAGGUGCACACCGCCUUCCUUGGCGACUUGAAGACUAUUGUGUCCCAUGAGGGCGGCGAUGUGCUGAUUGGGGAGGCCUUCAAGCGGCUAGCGGACAUGUUCGAGCUGUACAGCGCUUUCCUGCACAACUACGGCCAGGCCAUUGAAACUGUGAAGAAGUGCAGCGCCAGCAACCCGCAAUUCAAGAAGAUCGUCUCAACGAUCGUCGUAAACCUGCAGACGGAGCAGUCGCUUACGCUGGAGGAUCUGCUGCACAAGCCGGUAGCCAGGGUGCAGAUCAACGCUAUGGUCUUCAACGAUCUGCUCCGCGAGACGGCAGCCAACCAUCCGGACCACCAGCCGCUGCGGCAGGCCCAAAAGAUCAUACAGAUGUUCCUCAACCAGUUCAACGUCUGCCAGCGGCUGCCUACGGAGUCAAACCGCAACCUGAGGCGCAUGGUUCGCAACUCCUUCAUCGUGGAGUUGGUGGACGGUCAUCGCAAGCUGCGGCAUCUUUUCCUCUUCAAUGACGUGAUCGCGUGCGCCAAGUACAAGGCCCUGGGUAGGGAUCGCAUUGACUACGAGCUCAAGUGGUUCAUACCACUCAAGGAUAUCACCGUAUACGAGGAGGCGUACAGCGCGGCGGAACUCAAGGAAUCUAGUCCUGCGAACAUUUCGCAAGUAAAGCGCAACCUGCGCUCGGUGCGCGACCAGCUCAUCCUGGAGGCCAAUGGAGUGCGCACCGGCGACAAGUACCGACGCAAGCUGGCCGAUCUUGAGUCGCAGCUGGUGCUGGCCACGCCCAAUCUGGUUCUGCGCCUGGGGAACAAGGCCAACAAUAAGACUGUUACCUUCUUCCUCAGCUCGGACUUUGAGCGGACGCAGUGGAUGGACUCGAUCACAUCGCUCAAGCAAAAGUGCAAUCUGCCCGGAGCCAAUACCAUCAACUCGCUGGAGGUCACCGCCUUCAUUGUUGCAAUGCAGAAGGGCAUGAAAACUGAAAUGGGUUCGUAUCUGAUGCGCAACACCAACGACGAAAGCCUUCUCGUCGGCGACCUUCACAUGACCGUCCAGGGCCUGGGCGGGCUCGAGCAGCCGGCGGAUCUUUAUAUCUGCGUCGAGGUGGAUUCGUAUGGGCACUACUUCCGCAAGGCCACAACCAAGUUGAUCUGCCGCAGCCAGACGCCGCUGUGGAAUGAGAGCUUUAUGUUGGAGCUGGAGGGCAGCCAGAAUGUACGCAUCCUGCUGUAUGAGGCGAAAGACCGCCCUCUGCUGAGAGCCAAACACAUACUGAAGUUGAGCCACAACUGGCUCAAGGAGACAACCCAGAUACGCACAAUCAAGUUAAGCGAGACCCUGGAACUGACCUGCAGCUUCCGUUUCGUGCCCGGUGAGCUGUGCCGUGCCACCACGAAGCCAGGCGCCCUCUUUGGAGCCAAAAUGAGUCAAGUAUUAAAACGCGAGAAACGCGACAUUCCGUUCAUCAUUAGUGCCUGCAUACGGGAGGUGGAGCGACGUGGAAUGUUGGAGGUGGGCUGUUAUCGCGUCAGCGGCUCUGCUUCGGAUCUGUCCAAGCUGAAGAAGGCCUUUGAGUCGGAUGCCUAUGAGGCGGAGCAGCUGCUGCGCGAGGUUGACAUCCACUCGGUGACAGGCAUUCUGAAGACAUUCCUGCGCGAACUCCCCGAAGCCUUGUUCACGGAUCAGCUUUAUCCGCGCUUCUUUGACACAUUCAGCACCCUGAGCAACAACAACGAGUCUACACGCAUCAACGAGUUGCUAAAGGUGUUUGAGGAGCUGCCGCAGGCCAACAAGGCAUCGAUCUCUCUGAUCCUGGAUCAUCUGAUAAGAGUCCACGAAAAGGAGGCCGAUAACAAAAUGUCCCUGCACAAUCUGGCCAUGGUCUUUGGGCCCACCCUUAUAAGGCCGGGACAAACGCAGGUGAAGCAGAAGGAUCCCUUGGCGGCCAGCACUGUGGAUGUGAUGGCUCAGGCCGGGAUACUCUAUUGCUUUCUGCAGGCGCGCAUUAAGAAUUAGAACUAGGCAGGGACCCGACAUACAAAGGAUUGGAGUGGAUGAUAUAUAUAUAUAGCUUUUUAUCACGCUUUUUUAUAUAGAAGUAGCACGCGUGCAUGAAAUCUUGUCGAAAUCACACGCCAAACCCUGUCCCCACACCCCAAUCCAUCCCAAAAACAGUAAAACACACGCAAUUACAUGAAAAUGCGCUGCUAAUUGUAUAUACCCGGAGAAAAGGAACGGUAGCGGAAGCUGUCAAAGUAUUUACGGAUUUCAAAAAGAGAAACUUACUAAUGAAUGAACAAAUUUACACAACUGCUCAAUGACGGUGACUGGAGAGGCACACACUCAUACACUGCACAUAUUCAAGUGUCCAGCACUUAAGUUGAUCCACCUCCUCUUCCACCAGCAACACAGUCACUGUCCUUGCCUUUGACCCACUACCAAGGCUUACUUAUGUAGCUUCUUGCUUGUAUACUCGUCGUACAUAUGAUAUCUAUAAAGAUAUCUAUAUAUAUAUAUAUAUACGCAUAUAGAUGAUAUGCUUCAGCUUUAUACAUAUGUAUACACCAAACAUGGGAGAGCGUUAUGCACACGAUCGGAUCCCCGUGCCCCAUUCCCUGUAACUCGUGGCACGUGUUUCUGCCAUCCGCCUCCCUCUAGCGUACUGCAACAAUUGCAACACCCACAAAAAUACUUUUUCAAUAUUAAAAGUAUAUACUUCCAUAUAUAUAUAUAAAUAUUAAUUCCAAUACGUAUGACUAUAGUUACCGAAAUGCAGGAUGAAGAUUGAUUGGCGAUGGUGCGCGGCUUUUGAGUAUGUGUAUGCUUACAUAAAGUUUUGUUUUUUUUUCUUCGUCUUAUUUUACUUUAAUUGUUUAGGUUUAUAUAAAAAAAGGGUAAAAUAAAAUAUAUUCUAUUUAGAAA